GUAGCGCAUUGGUUUCCUCCCCCUUAGUGACAAAUCAAUGGUAUAAAGUGUAUAACAUGUGCGCGCGUUGAAAAGCAAAUAAAAAACAACGUGGAAAACGUUUUUUUCAUAUGUCCACUGGCUCGGUACAGAAACAGCAGAAGCAGCACCAAUUGAGUGCGUUGUGCGCGCGUGUGUGUGUGCCACAAAAGGUGGCAAGCAAGGAGCAACUAAGUGUAUAUUUGCUAAAGAUUCGCUUGAAUCUAUUGAUAAUUUAUGCAACAACGAAAUCUGUGAAAUGCACACACAUCCAUGCAUAAAUAUGUGAACCCAAUGGGAAUUUCUCAAUGUUGUCAAUAAAGAGAGAUGUAUGUGGACGCAGCGACAGCAACGUUGGCGGCAGCAGCGAAAUAAUAGAGUGCGAGCAGCGCUGCUAGCGUCAGCGUACAAAAAGUCGAAAGCAAAAGAGGAAAAUGAAAUAAUACAAAAAAAGAGCUCAGCGCUGUAGCGAAGCAAGCACAGAAACGCGAAACACAAGCAAAAGAAAAAUCGAAAUAAUAAAAUACACAUGCACGCGUACAUCUGUAUUUGUAUAUGCAUGUGUAUAAUUGAAGUUGUGGUCGUCGUGCACACAGUGCAAGUGUAUGUGUGAGUGAAACGUAUAAAUAAAAUUCAGCCAAAUGCAGAAGCCAACAACAAAAUGGAUAACAAAACUACACAGUUGGAUUUUAAAUUACUGGUGGAUCAGUCUUUAAAUCUACUGGGCCAUCUUAAUGCGGCAUUGCAGUGCGAUGCUAUCCAAUAUUUAUUGAAAACGCUUAAGUGUAAAUAUCCAGAAGCCUGCGACCAAGUCGUCAGGAAUCUAUUCAGCCACAUAACCAAUGAUAAUGACGCCAGUUCAGCAAAGCUAGCCCACAGCAAGCAGUUGCAACUGCUACUCGCUAAGAAGGAGAAAACGGAGGCCGGGUUGGGGGUGGGGCAAAUUAAAAGGGAGAACGAGGAUGAAGCCGCCGCCUCCACCGAUUUGAAUCAAAAUUUCGAGAAAAUCCUCUGCAAAGAGGAGUUUAUGUGCCUCGAUGAUGAGCCUGAUUUUCUUGACGACGAUGCCGACACUGAUAAUUCGUCUUCCCUGAGCAAGCGCCUUCAUUUUCGGGGCAGUGCAGCUCGCAGAAAUAAUGUCGCAGUUGGUAUAGGGGGCGGUGAUCCCCUUGAUCUGAUACACACGGGAGUAGCUAUGAAUGUGGCCGGCUGCCUUGUCAAACGGAAGUACACAGCAACUUUUGGUGCAGACGAGGAAGAUGAGGACGAUGAUGGCAGCAAUAGCUGUGAUGCGUCUAUGGUACGCCAACUCAAGGCUAUCGCAUCGAAAGCGUUGGUAAAGCGAAAGCGAACCAACAAUAUCCAUAUGCCACUGCUUGAAAGUACCAAUAGCGUACUGAUCGAGGCGAAAACGACGCGGCCUAGACUUGGCGAGGGUUAUGUUUUCCACGAUGACUGCCAGUACACCGUGCGCUAUCAUCACAGCUCGGGAGAGUUCAAUGAGCGUGCGUUUAAGGCACAAUUUCGGGCGCUCCUCAAAUUGGCCAUAAGCCAACAUCACAAGCCUUUCCUCAAACAAUUCUUCGAGAAUUUUGUCAUAACCGGCCAUCUGUUAGGCACCACACCUUCUGCCCGCGUGCUUAAGGAACUACGUGAGCAGCGGUUGGAGGAAUGGCGACGGCACCGUGAGCGUAAAGAAAUUGCGGCGGCAGCUGCACUUCAUGCAGAGAAGCAGCAGCAGCAGCGCCAACUGCCGGCUAUCUCAUUCGGCGACUCGGAACUGGAGUCGGAGACUGAGUCGCAGCUGUCGUCGGCAGCACAAGAGAUUAUGAAAUUCGAAGAGUUCAUUGACGAGGGUGUAGGCGCGGGUCGUCUUAUCGAUGGACUGGAAAUGGAGCCGGAAAUAGAUGAUAUGUUGGCUGCUGGUGGUGCUGGUAGCGUCAGUGGUAGCGGAAACAGCAGCAACAGUAGCAGCGGCGGCGGCGGUGUCAUUGACAAUGGCGUCCCUGGCCCGCUUCUAGAUGGCGAGGACACAGCACUUUCCACUGGAGCUCACCAUCAUCCUCCUCACCAUCAUCAGCAGCAGCUAAACGCAAAUCUUGUGAUCAACGGCCUUACGUCAAGCAAUACCAACAACACAAACAACAACAACAAUGGUGUUGCGCUGUCGCAGCAUCUGACUGCGCAAGCAGUUGAUAAUGUUGCAAGUUUAACUUGCAACAAAAAGGAACACGCACCACCGCCUCACUUGUCCAUGCUAGAAAAUAACAUCAAAAUCGAUCAUGGUAUGUCCUCAACCAUGGCACAAAUAGCACCCAAUGAGAUGCACCUGCAGCAGCAGCAUCAACAACAACAUCAUCAGAAUCACUAUGGCUCAAGCAAUACGCCCCUCUCCAUGAUGGGCGGCAUGAUGGAGCAACAUGUGGCCAUGCAGCAACAGCAAUUGCAGCACCAGCGCCAAUUCCAACAAAAUACGGGCGGCAUGCCAUCCAUGUUGAAUAACCGAGUACAUGUUCAUGGCCAGUCAUCGCAUUUGCCAUCGUUAUCGAGUUUGGGCAAUGAUCCGAACGUUGCGACUCAACAUAACUCGUCCGUUGAAUUGGAUGAUAAUGAUCUGUCAGCUGAUGAGGAUGAUGAUGACCUUGACAAUGAUCUAGAUGAAUUGGAUGCGGCCAAGCAACAGCUCAUUGAUGGCGGUAGUAGUAGCAGCACUUCUCUACAGGCGCCACCAUCGCAACACGCAGGCGCGCACACGCCGAACAGCAAGAAGGAUAAACCGAACUACAAUUGCUUGCUGUGUCCCAAGUCAUAUCGCAAACGAAAAUCACUUCUAGACCACUACAAGAUGCAUCCAGGUUAUUGUCAUGAUUGUGGCCAGCCUAACGGCAAUACUCUAGAGGAAAUUAUUCAACAUAACCGCACUAUGCACGUUAAGGAGUUUCCCUUUGUCUGCGAGACUUGCGGAGAAUCGUACUCCAGGCGACAGCAAUUUCACGCGCACGUCGAGUCUCACAACAAGAAGGAAUUCAAAACCUUUCCUUGCGGCGAGUGCGGCCUGAAGUUUCCACAAAAGAAGCUGCAACAACAUUUUGAGGAGACGGGCCACAAGGCCGACGGUGCCAUUUGUGAGGUGUGCGGUGCCGAAUUUCCCUCGAAGAAUGCUCUCUACCAGCACAUAAUACGGGAGCAUAAACGGGACAAUUUCUUCGAGUGCCACAUUUGCCAUAAUCGAUUCACUCUUAAGGCCAACUUGGAGAGGCAUGUGCAGCUGCACACGGAAGUCAAGCGUACAUAUGUGUGCGAUUUGUGUGGCUCUUCCUACUUUACAUAUCCCGCGCUGAAGGAGCACUACAGCAAUGCCCACGUAGAUGUCUCCGAGUGCAAGUGCACCCUAUGUGGCAAGCGUUUCGGAUCGGCCAAGUCGUUGCAGCGCCAUUUGCCAUCGCACUCGGAGGAGCGUCCGCAUUGUUGCAAUUACUGCGAUCAGACCUUUAAAUGGAAGACACAUCUGGUUCGCCACAAACAGACGACGCACGGUAAUCAACCACCGCCGAAGAAGGGCAAACAACGUUUUCCAAAGGCCGAUGAAGAUAUGGCUCCGCUGCCAGACAUGCCAGGACCACCACCAGUGAAGACCGCUAAGAAGUCAAAUGCUAGCAAAGCCAAGUCACAAGUCGUGUCAGCAUCACAACAGCAAAUGCAAUUGGCAGGCGCUCAGAAGGCUAUGGGUGCUACACCAACACCACCGCUCUCCACUACUCCUGGCUCUUCGCAACCAGACCCGUUCAAUGCAGCCAUGGUCAGUAGCAACAGCUCACAGUCUUCGACGGCUUCAACGUCUCAACAUUCGGUGUCGACGAGUGAAUCUCAGCAGAAUUCCAUGUACAACCAGAGCUUUGGCGCUGAAAAGCUGAUGGCCCAACAGCAGCAGCCCCCACAACCACAGCAGCAGCAGCAGCAGCAAACACCGCAGUGCAAUCCAACGCAACAACAACAAAAUACCCUACACCGACAACAUCCUACUCCACCUCCGAAUGCACAACAGGCGCCUGCACAGCAAUCGCAUCAUCGCCAUACGCCGAACAACACCACUCCGGAGUUGCAUUUGCAGCGCAUUAACAGUUUUCCUGGACAAGAUAAUCAAUUUCACUUCGAUGCAAGUGGAAAUGGAGCGGCCACUUAUCAACAACAUCAGCUCAUAAAUCAAUAUCAGCAACCACCGCCGCCGCAACAGCAGCAUCAUCUCACCCAGCAGCAGCAGCAACAGCAGCAACAACACUUACGCAGUCACACGCCACAGAGUCCGCACCCGCAACAGCUACAGCAGCAGCAACAGCACUUUAAUUCCCCACACCACAUGCCACCACAAAUGCAUCACCAGCAUCAGCUGAUGCAGCAUCAAUUGCAACAGCAUCGUCACAGUCAACAGCCAUCACAACGCUCUCCUCUGCAUCACCAUCAGACGCCGACGCAACAACUGCAACAGCAACAUCAGGCACCAUCCCAUUCGCCUCAGCACGCGCGGCUACAAUCGCCCCAGCCAACUCCAUCCACAUCGACCACACAGCAACAACAGUACUUGCAGCAACAGCAACAACAACACCAACAACAAGCUGCAGAUAGUUGGGGUAAUAUUGGGUUUGUUCCCGCGCCCAACAGCCAGCCGCAACAGCAGCAGCAGCAGCAACAACAACAACACGUGCUCAAGUCGGACGAUAUGAAGGAUAACAGUAAUAAGUUUUAUAUUGUUGAUUCGGCUGAAUUUUUGGGGCUUCCAAUGAAUGUUGGCGCUGCCACGCCGCCCAACCAACAACAACAGCAGCAACAACAGCAGGCAGUGAACAAAUCGCAACAGCAGCAACAACAACAGCAGCAGCAGGAAGCACCUCUGGGUAACGAUCUGCUAAACUUCCAACAUAUGUGGCCGCAAGCGCCAGGUUUUGGUAAUGUUGGACAAGCGCCGCAGCAACCUCAACAGCAACAACAGCAGCAUCAACCGCCACAGGCGCAAGGAAAUCAAAGUGUUGCAACUGAUCCGCACAAUUACAAUAAUAUUGGCAGCAUACUCACGAAUCUCAUCGACACAAAUCCCACGCCCGUUGAGUACAAUUUUGACAUUCUGCAACCACAACAACCCCCGCCGCAGCAGCAGCAACAACAGCAACAGCAGCAGCAACAACAACAACAACAUCACAGUGCUCCCGGCGCCUAUGCGGGUGGACUUAUGCGUCACGGCGGUCCGGCUAAUGUGUAUGGGAGUAGUGCGUACGAGCAGCAUCACGCGGCAGUCGCUGCGGCAGCACAUCACAAUGCGCUCAGUGAGCAAUUGGUCAGCGAGCAGCAAAAGAAUAGUUUCCAGCCCUAUCAUCCACUGCAACAACCGACGCUAGCCGGCGGACAUCCUCUGCAUUCGCUUCCGGGUGCCCCGCACCUUUUGCCACCGCCGCCCCCACAUGGCACCGUCUAUGAUCGUGCUGGAGGCGCUGGAGUGGGUUAUCCUAUGCUCGGCGACGAGUCCAAGGCAGUACUGCCGCCCAUUAAUGACUACAUGCAUCACAUGCAACAGCAACAGUUACCGCCACAUCAGCAACCGGAUCUUAUUUACUAUCCAGUGAAGAAUGAUUGACAGCCAAAGUAGUCGCCGCUGGGUGGUGUGCGCGGGGGGGCGGCAAAUGCACUUCAGGAACACUACUAUGCGCAGCAUCACCCACACACGCAGCAUCAUCAUCAACCUCCUCCCCGUUGGUGGCCAGCGCCGACAAGUUUUGCCGCUAAGAGAGGCGAUGUGUUUUAUUAAAACAAAAAACAACAUAAGCCGACAGCAACAAACAACCAGCAACAAGUUCUCUAAUCUGUAAGUGAACAAAUUGAGAGCCCAUUGAAGAGUACUAUUCGUAAUUUGUAGGUAAAAAUAUGUAACAAAAAGAUUCUAAUUAGUUAAGGUUUAUAACACAUACACACAUGUAUGCUAUGAAAUUUAGAGCAAUAGCUUAAAGAUUGGAGCUACUAAGCUCGAUAAUUUCUAAUCCGACCGGCGCUAUGAUAGGUGUAUAAAUCUAUGCAAAGUCUAUAUUACAAAACACAAAAACAAAAAUGAAAAAAAAACAUGACUACAGACAUAUACAGAUACAUAUAAAUAUAUAUAGUAGCGUGUAAGCCAAACAAAAACAAAACAAAAAAUCCAAUACAUAUAUACAUAAAUUAUAUGCGCUUAGUCCCUAAGUAGAAAGUAAUACAGGUACGUUCAUACCAACAACAAACGCACGACAAAGGUAGAAAAUUUUCAAAAAAUUUCACAUGUGCUUGAGAGCGGCUUUUGUCCUUGUUUUGGUAUCUUUCUUGUACAAUUCUGUUGUAAUUGUUUUAUUGAAUAGGAAUGCUAUAAAAAGAACCAGAAAUGUAUACAAAAAGAAAGAAGGCAUUCAUUCAGAAAAAGUAGAGAAGCAAACAGUUGUGAAAUGACAAUUUGUUUCGAAAAUGCUUUUUCAAGUUAAAGCACGAAAUUAAUGCAUAACAAAUACAUAAUGCAUCCACAAACCAUUUAGGCUUAGGUUAUUCGACUAAAAAAGAGGAAAUGAACAGCAGACCACAAAUAACUUUCGAACAAAUUUUUCAAGUUUUAUGCUUAUUUAACUUUAUAUCAUACAUAUACUAUAUACGAGAACACAAAUACGUACGUUGAUGUAUAAUCACACUGACAUUAUAUACGACCCCAAUAUCGAUAUUCACGUAAAACGCAACACCAUUAACCAAUUGUAGAUUUAUUUGAUGAAGAAAAGUGCACGUAGCUCUUAGCCCCGUAUCACAAUAGACCAACAAGCCAAGCAACGCCAGAACACAGAAGUUGUAACCAUAUCAUGAGGCCCGUUGCCACUGUAUAAGUAUAAUAAUUACAAUUUAUUUUUUUUAUUAGGGCUUGUUAUUUUCUAUUUAGUUCAACAAUAUACUUACAAUUACAAAACGUUUGUAUGUAUGUAGAACCUGUAAUGAUUUGUAGACCCCGAUUUUUGUUAGCCUAGUGCCUAAGUCUACUUUUUAUCCAUUAUAGAUAUACCCAUUUUGUGGCUUUUUACACCCAAAACUUGUAUAGUAAUUAUACACAUUGUAUAGCUUGUCCCUUAAACAAACGUGUAUCCUGCUUUCUUCUUAAUUGUAUUUACAUAUUAUUUUGUCAAUUGUUUAUUAAUGAUUAAUGCACAUUUAAAUUUCCCCUACAAUGUCCUUCUCCUACUCUUAACUCCAAAAGUAACUACGUGAACAGUUUUAUAAAUAUUUCCUUAAUCUUUUCAGGCCCAUUUUGGUUAGAGACGCAUGAAUUUGUUCUUGUUUUUAUAAAAGUAAAAAUUAUAUAUAUAUAUAUAUAUAGUGAAUGUGCGUAUCAAAGAUUUAAUUCUUUUGUUUAUAAUGGCACACAGUUCAGCUAAGAUGAAAUAUAAAUAUAUAACAUAAGUGAAAGUUUAAAACGUUAAUUCUGUAAGGCUACUUUAAUGAACAAAAACAAAAUGCAACCAGCAACUACAAUUAAUUAGAUUUGUAUUCUGCAUACAAAAAUAAGCAGCAACAGAAAUUUAAAACACACAGAAAAUAUAAAUUAAAUUUGUAUAUUUAAUAAAAAUAGCAAAAUAAAAAUGAAUAAAUUUCUUUUAAAAAAUGCA